AUGCCAGAGAGGCCACCGUGUUAUGUGCUCUUCUACAUUGAUGCUUCAUUGGAGGCUGAGGCCCUUGAUGUUUCAAUGAAAGAAGAAGAAAAAGCGUUCGUUUUGGAAGUCAGUGAAAGCUUGUACUCACACCCGCAGUUCUCCCUCCAGGUUGCCCUGGCAGCAUAUGGAGACGAUAACUAUGGGACGCCAGAUCUCAACACGACAUAUGAUCGCCGCACGCAGUUAUCGUCUGCGCUCGAUGCGUGGUCGCUACUAGAUCCAAACUCCGAAGACAUUAAAAACGCAACUACUGGUCUCAAGGUAAUCGGAACCUGGGAACACUAUUUUUACGUGGUUUUGAUGUCCGCUAGCCCGGAAAGCGUCAUUAAAACAGCCGACAAUUCUGCAUAUUAUCCAUGGACAAUUGGGGUCGCUUUAGCAGAGCAAAACAUGGGAUGGGUCGCUUUCUAUCGCGCUAAUUUGACGAUGAAAGCGACAACCGAGUAUAUUUUGCGAGAAAUGUGUCUUGCAGGACCUGACCAUACUGGGCCGGUUACGCAGAACUUCGAGGUAGCUGAUGCCGCUGCCAACAACCAG